AUAUAUCACUCCAAACAAUUGACGCAGGGGCCAACGAAUGGUUGAGCAUUUGAUGCCAUGGAAGACUUGGUUCACUGACUCGUAGAUCUAUGCAUCCCUUCACCACCAGUCCGCUCCUUCCUCGUCUGCCUACCUAAAAUUUCCAAUAAGGAACAAAGAAGAACAAUGGCCGGAGGAGGCUUCCUGUCUUCCAUCAUCACCAUGGCGGUAGACAAGCUGCAUAGCUUGGCUUCACCGUCAACGCCAUCUUCUUCUUCGUCACCACAUAACAAUAUUGAACAAGAGAUGAGUAAGCUGACAGAGACGAUGAGGAGAGUCCAAGCCAAACUUGCCGACUCAGAGGAGGAUAAUCAUGUAAAAAGUCACUCGGAGAAGCUUUGGCUUAGCGAGCUCAAAGAGGUUGCCUAUGACGCCGAAGACCUAGUAGAAGAGUACGAGUACGAGGUGCUGCGUUCCAAACAACUACAUGGGAACAACAGUGGGACACAUGAGGGUGAACUAGCAAAUAAAGCUGCGGAGAUAAGGAAAAGAUUUGAUGAGAUCACCAAAGAGUGGAAACUCCUAACGUUGCCUAAGAACGCAGGAGAGAGAAAGAGAAGCCCCUUAACCCUAGUUGAUAACAGAGAAACAGGCUCUUUAGUGCUUGAAUCAGAUGUUCUUGGAAGAGAAGAGGAAAAGGAUAUGUUGGUUGAAUGGCUGCUGUCAGAGGAUGAUAUGACAGAUAAUAGAGUUUCUGUGAUUGCGAUAAUUGGGAUGGGGGGACUUGGUAAAACAACACUAGCUCAGCUUGUCUAUAAUGAUCCAAAAGUAAAAAGCUAUUUCAAUCCAAGAGGAUGGGUCUGUGUAUCGGAAAAUUUUAAUGUUGUUAAUUUGACGGAGAAGAUCCUACAAUCAUUUACAGAAGAGAAAGGGAAAGGGGAAGUGAAAAUUCCUGAAACGCUAGAUGGGCUCCAACGUGCAUUAGAAGAGAAUCUGCUGGGGAAAAAGUUUUUACUGAUAUUAGAUGAUGUUUGGAAUGAAGAAUUCACUCUCUGGAAUGAAUUAAGAAAGCCCUUAGUAUCGGCUCAAGUGGGUAAAGUUAUAGUAACCACUAGGAAUCAACCAGUUGCUAGAAUUAUGGGGAUAAGAAGUCCUCUCGACUUGAAUUGCUUACCAUUUGAUGUAUGCUGGCAAUUGUUCAAGAGAGUCACUUUGGGAGGAGCUGAUCAACCACAUCUUGAAGACCUUGGUAGGAAGAUAGUAGACAAGUGCAAAGGCUUACCUUUAGCUGUGAAGGUGCUAGGAGGUGCUCUUAGAAACAAAGAAGAUAUAGAUUCAUGGGAGGACAUACUAGAGAAUAAGAAGUGGGAAUUAGAAGAAACAAAUAAAGGAGUUUUACCGGCACUUAAAAUAUCAUAUGAUUGCAUGCCGAUCCAACUUAAGAGAUGCUUUCAGUACCUGUCCUUAUUUCCCAAACACACACGUUUACAUUCAGAAAUAAUAGUCAGAUUAUGGAUGUCACAAGGUCUUCUUCCUCUUGAUGAAGAGAUAAGAGAGCAGAGGACAAAGGCAGAAAUUACAUAG